AUGUGCUGGCCUGUUUCUGUGAUUCAACUCCAAAGCUCUUAUAUUUUGGAGCAUCGACCCCUGUCCGUGUAUAGGUCCAGAAAGAUUGAAUCAGCCCUCAUGUUCGCCAAUGUUUUAAUAUGUAAAGGACGCCAAAGGUCUCUAGCGGAUGUUUGUAAUAUCUAUACACCUGAUAUCAACGAAUGCAUGCUGUUGCUCGACAAUUGCUUAGUCGGUCAACGUUGCGUCAAUACACCGGGAUCGUUCAAAUGUGUUCGGACACUGCCUUGCGGUACCGGAUACGUACUGAACAGCGAUACCGGACAAUGCAUUGGUGCAUCAGCAGUUCAAGAGUACUUGCAACUAAUUGAUUCACUGAUGCCGUAG